GUUGAGAAACAGCAAAACACUCCCAAAAAACCAAAACUAUAAAUUAAAAAAAUAAAUAAAUGAAAAAAAAUAAAAAAUCGCUGUGUUUUGCAGAUCACUCCUUCCCCAUCCAUGGAUUCCGAUUCUUUCCCUCGCUUUCGGCUCUAGCUUCGGUUCACAUCGUCUCCAAUUCAGCAAGAUCCCCUCUGUGAUUGAUCGGCAAUGGCGUCGAAGCGGGGGCUAUCGAAUGCGGGCGCCCACAGGAACCGAGCCUCUGGAUCUCGAUUCCCUCUUGCGAUUCUUAUUUUCUUUGCGCUUCUUGUCCCCUUGAUUUUCUUCGUCGGCCGUGGCCUCCACAUCUCCGAUCAUAGUGACAUCUCAUCUAGUCCUGGUGAAAAGAAUCUGGAUUGGAGACAAGGGCUGGCACUGCAACAUGUGAAAUCUCUUUUCUCAAAAGAGGUCAUUGAUGUAAUUUCAGCCAGCACGAAUGACAUGGGGCCUUUGAGCCUUGAUUUCUUUAGGAAAAACAAUUUGUCGGCUUCAUGGAAGGUCAUUGGAGCAAAUAAUUCAGUUGUUACAGAUUCUCAGAUAAAUUUGACUGCUGUAGAUGCCAGACAAGAGACACCUAGGGUUAAAGUGGAUGAUUCUUCAGAUGAUCACGCUCAACCACUUGAUCCUGCAAAACUAGCCAGAAGGCAACUAAGAGAGAAGAGACGUGAAAAGCGUGCAAAUGAGUUGAUACAAUGGGAUGACGAAUCAGUUGUAAGGCUUGAAACUGCAGCCAUUGAGCGGUCCAAAUCAGUUGAUUCUGCAGUUCUAGGAAAAUACAGUAUUUGGAGGAAAGAAAAUGAGAACGAGAACUCUGAUUCAACGGUGCGCUUGAUACGGGACCAAAUCAUAAUGGCAAGGGUCUACUUGAGUAUUGCAAAGAUGAAGAACAAGCUUGAUCUGUUCCAACAACUACAAACUCGACUCAAAGAAUCCCAGCGUGCAGUGGGAGAGGCAACUGCUGAUGCGGAUUUAUCUCAAAGUGCACCGGAGAAAAUAAAAGCUAUGGGCCAAGUUCUUUCAAAAGCAAGAGAGCAACUGUAUGAUUGCAACCUGGUCACUGGGAAGCUGAGAGCAAUGCUUCAGACUGCAGAUGAACAAGUUCGGAGCUUGAAAAAGCAGAGCACAUUUCUUAGUCAGUUAGCUGCCAAGACCAUCCCAAAUGGAAUCCACUGCUUAUCUAUGCGCCUAACCAUAGAUUAUUACCUCCUCCCCCUUGAGAAGAGAAAGUUCCCUAGAAGUGAGAACUUGGAAAAUCCAAAUCUUUAUCAUUAUGCUCUCUUCUCGGACAACGUCUUGGCUGCAUCAGUCGUCGUCAACUCUACCGUCAUAAAUGCCAAGGAUCCGUCAAAACACGUAUUCCAUCUUGUUACCGAUAAGCUUAACUUUGGAGCCAUGAACAUGUGGUUUUUAUUGAAUCCUCCUGGAAAAGCCACUAUUCAUGUUGAAAAUGUUGACGAGUUUAAGUGGCUAAACUCAUCGUACUGCCCGGUUCUGCGCCAGCUUGAGUCUGCUGCAAUGAAAAACUAUUAUUUCAAGGCCGACCAUACUACCACUCUCUCAUCUGGUGCUUCUAAUCUGAAGUACAGGAACCCGAAGUAUCUCUCGAUGCUUAAUCAUUUGAGGUUCUAUCUUCCACAGGUUUAUCCCAAGUUGGAUAAGAUCUUGUUUCUUGAUGAUGACAUUGUUGUCCAGAAAGACUUAACUGGAUUGUGGGCAGUUGAUCUACACGGAAAAGUAAAUGGUGCAGUAGAAACCUGUGGUGAGAGCUUCCACCGGUUUGACAAGUACCUAAAUUUCUCAAAUCCUCAUAUUGCAAGAAACUUUGAUCCAAACGCAUGUGGAUGGGCAUAUGGGAUGAACAUGUUUGAUCUUAAGGAGUGGAAGAAGAAAGAUAUUACUGGUAUCUAUCACAAGUGGCAGAACAUGAAUGAAGACAGGACACUUUGGAAACUUGGAACAUUACCUCCGGGGCUAAUUACAUUUUAUGGGCUGACACAUCCACUACAGAAGUCAUGGCAUGUACUUGGUUUAGGUUACAACCCAAGUCUUGAUCGAGUUGAGAUUGACAACGCAGCUGUUGUGCAUUAUAAUGGCAACAUGAAACCAUGGCUGGAGUUGGCGAUGACUAAGUAUCGAGGAUACUGGACCAAGUACAUUAAGUUUGAUCAUCCCUAUCUUCGCAGCUGCAAGCUAAGUGAAUGAACCUGAUAAAAUGGGGAUUUAUGUAAAAACUGGAAAGGUUCUCUCAAUCUCUCUCUUGUUCCUUGGUAUCUUCAUCUGACAAGCCACUUAGGUUAUGUAUGGUUCGUUGGGCAGAGGUAUUCGCUAUUUUCUUGUUACCAUAAUCCACAUUGUUUAUUCUUCUUUGUAAUUCGUUCAAUUUUGUUCCAUCAUUGCUCACCCAUUGUGACAAGGGUAGCAACAAAUUAUUUACCGUGAUGACCUGUAUAACUAAACACCUUAUUUGCUUCAGAGCUAAGAUGUCGGGACGUGAUUAGAAUUAAAUUUCUAAGAUGCUGUAUUCUUUGAACAACAUUCUCGCGUAGGUAGUGUAAUGUGCAAGGGACAUGAUAUAUUAUGCUUAGAUGCCCUCUUUCUUGAUGCAA